AUGGCAGACUCAAAAGAAGAUCGGUUGGUUAAAAAGAGAUUGGCUGAACGACUUCGGAAAGCUCGCAUCAAGAGUGAUCCAGAGCUUUACGCAGUGCACAAGGAGAAAGAUAGGCAACGGUAUUUUAAAAGGAAGAAUGAAGGAAAGAUAAAGACUGUAAGUGAAUUAGAUUCUCGCCUACAACGAAUUUUUAGGGAGAGAAGUAGAAUGUCUUCCAACAAACACAAUUUGAAAAAAAGGCGCAAAGGGAUGAGGUGUCUUGAAGAGGAUUUAAUAAUUGUACCAGAAGCAACCGACGAAACUGACGAUCCUUUGGUUACUUCACGAUCACAACCAAAACGAUCAGGAUCACUUCAAACUGAAGCAAGGUCUCAUGUUGAUUUGCUACCAUCAAGUUCAUCGGUCGUUUCAUCGCCUUUACCUCAGCGUGUUAAGGCUUAUCGAGACUUGGCAGCACCAUUGAGUCCGUGUAGUGACGUCAGUACAAUUUCAAGGCCAUGUACCAGAUCAUCAGUUCGUGUAAUUGAAAAGGAGUUUCCUCCAACUCCAAAGGCUAACAAGAAACUAAAUACCAAAGUUAUUAUACGUAGACUUAAAUACCGCAUGAACAAAAUGUAUCAGUUACAGAAAAAGAAGAUUGAUGAAUUGAAGACUAUCAACGAACGACAACGAAAACAGUUAUAUAGAUUAAAACACCAAAGUGCUGCAUUAAGAAAAUAUGAAACAACAAAGUGA